AUGGGUAUUAUUACUAGCCUUGCAGAGGACGACGUCAGCAAAUUUGACUAUGUGAUUGUAGGAGGUGGAACAGCAGGGUGCAUUGUUGCUAGUCGCCUGUCUGGAUAUCUGCCUCAGAAACGAAUCAUUGUCAUUGAAGGCGGCCCAAGUGACAUUGGGGAUGAUAGAGCUCUCAUCCUCAAAGAGCGUGUCAGUACGCAAGGGACCGAGCUGGAUAUGAGAUACAAAACAACGGAGCAGCCUAAGGGUGGAUGCUCCAGUCACAAUGAUAUGGUAUCGUUCCGACUACCGGAGUACGACACGCGAAUUUGGGAAAAACUGGGUGCAAAAGGGUGGACUUUCGAUACGUUUAAUCGACUACAUGAUCGCAUCCGUGCAUCUACAUAUCCUGCUGCUCAUCCUCGCGACCGGAAUCAGUUGACUAAGGACUGGAUAUCUUCUGCGCAUGAUGCUCUGGGUUUGCCCUAUAUCUUGGAUCUAAACGAUGACAUUAGUGGUUCUGAAGGUCUAAGACCUAGUGUCGGCUGGACACCGCUUUCCUACAACCCAGACAAUGGCUACCGUAGCAGUGCCAGCGUGGCCUACAUCCAUCCCAUUCUUCGUGGAGAAGAGAAGCGGCCAAAUCUUACAAUCCUAACAAGUGCUUGGGUUUCUCACCUCAACAUCAUAGGCGAUGCUGCAAUCAGCGUCGAUGUUACGACAAAUGACGGAGAGCGACUGACAAUUCCUGCGUCUACCGAGAUUAUACUCUGUGCUGGGUCUAUCGACACCCCUAGGCUAUUGCUACUGUCUGGUCUCGGACCUCGUCAAGAUCUAGAGGAUCUUCGGAUCCAGAUCACUAAAGAUAUUCCGGGAGUAGGCCAAAAUCUCCAAGACCACCCAGCAACGGUCGUCGUAUACGAUCUACACGAUAAAGCUCCGUCACAAACUGCCACUCAUUCCGAUGGACUUGCGUUUCUCCGACAUAAACCUGAGAACUGGGCCGGCGAUGAUGGAAACAUUCCAGAUAUAUUAUUACAUAUGUGGGCAUUAGAAUUCAGCGACGAUACCAGUCGCGUAGGUUAUGCUCGCCCGGAUAAUCCAUUCUGUGUACUCCCUGCCAUUCUGCGUCCACAAACUCAAGGCAAAUUAUAUCUGAAGUCAGAUAAUCCUACUGAUCCACCGGCGUUGGACUUUAAGUACUUUGAAGACCCUGAAGGCUAUGACGCGGAACUCCUUGUUGCUGGUAUCAAGGCAAUAAGGAAAUUGGCGCAGACAGAGCCUCUCAAGAGAUGGAUCAAACGAGAAGUUGCGCCUGGCCCGGACAUCGUCUCUGACUAUGACUUAGAUGUAUAUGCUCGCAAGGUGGGCGCGUCGAUCUAUCAUCCAGCCUGCACGACCAAAAUGGGAGAUCUGGAGGCAGACCCCUUGGCAGUGGUUGAUUCGAAACUCAAAGUAAGAGGGAUGAAGAAUCUCCGCAUCGCUGACGCCGGUAUCUUUCCAACGAUGAUUUCUGUAAACCUGAUGUUGACAGUCAUGGCGGUGGGUGAACGAGCGGCAGAAUUGAUUGCUGAAGAUGCAGGCUGGAGCGGACUAAGUGCUUAA